GAAUCAAAACUCCCACUAUUCCACCGCCGACCCCCAACACACGCACGCAUAAACAAAAACAAACGCAAUCCGAUUGUUUGUUAGUGUCCAACGACCGGCAGGAAGCAUCAAAUGGUACGUCUCGCGCCCUUAUCGUUGCGUACGAUGAAUCGAACCAGAUAAAGAAUACUUGCGAAAUAGAUGUAGAACGAUAGUUGGCCGAAAAUCGGGGGGAAAGGCGCGAAAUAAUAGCCUCCAAACACUCGCCACCGUACGUCCGAUUGACAGUAAUGUGAGUGGCUCAGCCGGUUGUUGCUAUCAUGUGAUACAUCUCGCUGGAGAAUCGGUUGAUUGCGGCUGUGUGUAAACAGUGGAGAUUAGAGUCGGAGGAUCGUCGUUCCGGUCCCGGAAGUGAUUGGAUGCUCGGCGGCAGUUGGAGCGUUCCUCCCGCGGGUUCGUCUCAGAUGGCGACCUUUAACCAGAUGCCCAAUGAGAUUUUGGAACAGAUAUUCGAUCAUCUGGAUUAUCGGUCGCGUCGCAAUCUGACGCUGGUUUGUCGCCGUUGGAACGCAGUCCUGCUGUCGGACCGGUUCAUUACCCGCCACGUAACGCUCGUGAUCGAUGGACAACGUACGCUCACCCUGCACAAGCAUCCGAUGCAUCGCACCUACCCGAAUCUGACGCUCAAGCUGGACAAUGCGAUCAAUGGAGAUGCUUUCAAAGGGCUGCGCCUGCUGCCAACCAUCGUCCCGUCGCCAUCCACCGUAGCGCUACACCUAGCCUUCCCGAACGAUCCACGGUGGGUUGCGCUGUGCGAGGAGCAACAGUUCGUUAACCUUCGCACCGUACAACGGCUUCACCUGACGGGCAGCUGCCGUACGGAGCAUCCUCGCAAACCGCUCAUACUACAGAUGGACCAGCUCCGCCUGCUGGACUUGGUGUGCAGUGGCGUACAGGACCUGUGGCUCGUAGCACCCAAGCUUUCUCGCCUGCAUCUGCACGUCCUGUCCGAGGAGCAUCUCGACUUUCUGCUACACUUCAUCCACCAGCUCCGCACGCUUAGCAUCGUGUUCGAUGCGAAGGAAAGCUUCUUUUUCUACCACCUUAAGCCAACCCGCUUACGUGAGCUUGCGAUCGACCGGCGCCAGAAGGGGAUGACCAAGAGUGAGCGUAACAUUAGCAUAGCGUUCUUCAAGCGCUUGGAUCAGCUGCAGCGAUUGGAGCUGCGCGUGAAGUUUAUCGACAGCUACGUCCUGCACACCAUUGCGGACGGUUUGAAGCAGCUGUGCGAACUGUCGCUCGAAGUCGCGGAAGGUACGAUCGAGCUGAAGCACAUCGCAAGCCUGACCCGACUGCAGCGGUUACGCAUUGUGGCGUGUCGGGUGAAUCUGCAGAAUGUGCACCUGCCGGCACUCGAAUCGUUGGAGCUCGGGUCGGCCGAACUGCCCGGCACGUAUCUCGAGGGCAUCGAAGGGCUGAUGGCGUUCCACCGGAUGCGAUCGCUAACGCUGAUGAACGUGAAGGUUUAUCCCGAGAUGCUGCAGCUAACGCCGACGUACAGCGUCGAGCGGAUGGUGAUCGCUUACUACCGGAGGCUGGAGGAAACUCACCUGCUAAUACUGGUCAAACGGUUUCCCGCGCUACGCUGGCUUCGGGUUAGCCACUGUCACGGCGUGUAUCAGCGCGAGCUGGACAAGCUGAAGCGGAUGAUGCCGACCCUGGCGGUAGCGUUCGAUGAAGCUAAAAGUGAUAGAAUUUAGAAAUGUAAUUCGGAUCAUGCGAUUCUGGUGUCUGGUGUCCCUGGGACCUGUGGACUGCCAGGUCUGUGUGUGCACGUGCAAGAUUUCAUGUUAAUAGUUAUUUAUUUUUUAAAAAAAGAAGAAAAAUAUAUAGUCUAUGAUACGCGCAAA